AUGGCUUUUGAAUCUCGUGGCGGUCGUGGUGGUUUCGGUGGUGCCCGUGGUGGCUCUCGCGGUGGAUUUGGUGGCGACCGUGGAGGUCGUGGUGGUGCCCGCGGUGGAUUUGGCGGAGGCCGUGGUGGCGGCCGUGGUGGGUUCAGUGGCGGCCGUGGUGGAGGCCGUGGUGGAUUCGGUGGUGAUCGUGGUGGCCGUGGUGGUGCUCGUGGUGGUCGUGGAGCUCCCCGUGGUCGUGGAGGUGCUCGUGGUGGCCGUGGUGGUGCUGGCGGUGCCCGCGGUGGUGCCAAGGUUGUUGUUGAACCUCACAGACAUGCUGGUAUCUUUGUUGCCCGUGGUAAGGAAGAUCUCUUGGUUACCAAGAAUUUAGUUCCCGGUGAAGCCGUUUACGGUGAGAAGCGUAUUUCCAUUGAUGGUCCUGAAGGUACCAAGAUUGAAUACCGUGUGUGGAAUCCUUUCAGAUCCAAGUUAGCUGCCGCUGUUUUGGGUGGCCUUGACCAUAUCCAUGUUGCUCCCGGUAAGAAGGUUCUCUAUCUCGGUGCUGCUUCUGGUACCUCCGUCUCUCAUGUUGCUGAUGUUGUUGGCCCUGAGGGAGCUGUUUAUGCUGUUGAAUUCUCUCAUCGUCCCGGCCGUGAUUUGAUCAACAUGGCCAAGAAGCGUACUAACGUUGUUCCCAUCAUUGAAGAUGCUCGUCAUCCUCAAAAAUACCGUAUGCUCGUUCCAAUGGUCGAUGUCAUCUUUGCUGAUGUUGCUCAACCCGAUCAAGCUCGUAUUAUUGCAUUGAAUGCUCACCAUUUCCUCAAGAACGAGGGUCAUAUUGUCAUCUCCAUCAAGGCUUCUUGUAUCGAUUCCACUGUAGAUGCCGCUACUGUCUUUGCUCGUGAAGUCAAGAAGCUCCAAGAAGAAAGAAUCAAGCCUCAAGAACAACUUACUCUUGAGCCCUAUGAAAGAGAUCACGCUGUUGUCGUUGGUAAAUAUGUUAGAAACAAGUAA